UUCUUCGCCUCAUUCCAUCGCCCGCUGAUCCUUUCUGCAUUUUGUUAGGGAAGAAGAAACCGCGCAUUUUUUGGACCCCCCCCCAAAAAGAUUUUCACCAUGGCGAGCACCGAGGAUAAAUCGGCAAACAAGGAGAUCACAUCCAGCUGGAAGGACUCCUUCUACAACCCGAGGACCGGGGAGGUGAUGGGUCGCACGGCCAGCAGCUGGGCCCUCAUCCUGUUGUUCUACCUGGUCUUCUACUGUUUCUUGGCCGGUAUGUUCGCCCUGACCAUGUGGGUGAUGCUGCUCACUCUGGACGACUACGUGCCAAAGUACCGAGACCGCGUUCCCUAUCCAGGGUUGGUGAUUCGUCCACAUGCACUGGAUAUGUCAUUCAACAAAUCCGACCCGCUGAAGUAUGCAGGGUAUGUCCAGCACCUGGAGACCUUCCUGCAAAGUUAUAAUGAUACAGAGCAGGAGAAGAACGAGGACUGCCCCCGGGGGGAGUAUUUCAUGCAGGACGACACCGAGGACAUGACGAAGAAAGCUUGCCGCUUCAAGAGGGGCUUCCUGAGUCUCUGCUCUGGACUCUCUGACACCAACUUUGGAUAUUCUGAGGGGAAACCCUGCAUACUGCUGAAAAUGAACAGGAUCAUUGGCCUGAAGCCUCGCGGGGAUCCCUACAUCAACUGCACAGUAAAAAGAGAAACCCCGAUUCAAAUGCAGUAUUUCCCCAGUGAGGGGCGCAUUGAUAAGAUGUAUUUCCCCUACUACGGCAAGAAAGCCCAUGAGUCUUACGUCCAGCCCCUGGUGGCCGUGAAGCUGCUGCUCACCAAGGAGGACUACAACAAGGAGCUGCCGGUAGAGUGCAGGGUGGAGGGCACCGACCUGCGCAACAACGACGAACGGGACAAGUUCUUGGGCCGCGUCACCUUCAGGAUCAAGGUGGUCGAGUAAAGGAGAAGACGGCCUGUGGAAAAAAAAUAAAAAUAAAAGCCAACCCGAUGCAGAGGCUGCCCAC